AUGCUCGCUCGUUUCUUCGCUGUUGCCUCCAUUGUGGCUCUCGCUGUCGCCACGAGUCCCCUCGCUCUCCGCGAUGGCCAGUGCAACACCGGUGACAUCAAGUGCUGUCAGAGCUCUACCACCACUUCCAACUACAACAAGGCGGCAAGGUCUCUUGGCCUUGCGGAAAUUGCUGCUGGGAUCGUCGGCGAGGUUGGCCUUGACUGCAGCCCUGUUACUGUCAUUGGUACUGGUAGUGGUGUCUCGUGCAACCAGCGACCCAUGUGCUGCAGCGGCAACAAAAUGAACGGCCUUGUCAACAUUGGCUGCACUCCCAUUAACCUUGAAUUGUAG